UCAAGAUUUCAGCAAAGCCCGCUUGGUCACAGCACUGGAACGAAGCGGUCAACCUGCACAGCAAAGACAAGCACAGGAUCCACAGUUUGUGUACGGCUGCCUGCAAAUGGUUAUUCAAGUCAAAUCCAACUCGGGCAACAACAGCAAAGCGAUGGAGGGAACGCAACAAAAACUGGAGGCGAAUGUUUUGCUACUUGGAGCAGAAAAUGUCGGGAAGUCUGCGCUCACAGUGCGAUUCCUUACCAGAAGAUUUAUCGGCGAAUACGGAAAUAUAGAAUCAAUAUACAGUCACAGUGACCGAAUUGACGGACGGGAAAUUUCUUUCAAUAUCUGGGACUCCCUGCAUCCACAGAAAUCUGACGCCGACGGAUGCAUCAGCGAGAAGCAGCUUCAGUGGGCAGACGGGUUCAUUCUGGUCUACAGCAUCUGCGACCGAGCCAGCUUUAACCUGGUGCGUCGACAGGUGCAGCGGAUCAGGCAGUGUAAAGCAAAGGUCCCAGGCGCGACGCCGAUUGUAAUCGUCGGCAACAAGCGGGACCUCAAGCACCGCCGCACCGUCUCCAGCGAGGAGGGCACUCUCCUCGCCCUGUCCUCCGAUUGCGGGUUCUUCGAGAUCUCCGCAGCCGAGACCUACCACGGUGUGUUGCUAGUUUUCCACGAACUGCUCGACUUGAUCCGGGAGGCGAGGGCAAUGAAGAAGGGACCGGUCGGACUCAAGAGCAUUGUCCGGAGCAUGUCGGCGGUUUUUGGGAGAAGAAGAACUGACUAGGUUACUUGAACUGUUAGCAAGGGGCGAGGUUGAACACCCCGGAUUCAACAAUCAACGGCUGUGUCGCUUAGAAUAGCGACUUUUAAAGUAAAAGCUACGACGGCGGGUGGCUGUGGUCGUGAUCCGUGACGCUUCUACGCCGGUUGCGCGCGACCGUUUGAGGACGCCACACUUCGAAGCGGAAUUGGAAACCGCGGUGCAUCGCUGAACGCGCUUGGGGGGAUGCACUGGUUGCUUACACUGGACACUUGUAAAAAUUGGCAAAUCAACUGUACUGCUAUGACCAGAACGACUUUGUACCGAAAGUGCUGUUGGCCUCUUUUUUGCUGUAACGGCGUAGGCUAUGACUGGAUUGAGUUAUUUGACACCUGUCUGAUUUAUGCGCGGGUGUUCAAAACUCAAAUGCAGGAGCUGUUUCACCGAACCCAGACCAUGUAGCGCAACUGAUCGUGACUUGAGAAUUGGUGCCAAGAGUUGAUGUCAAUCUAUGCACACUUAUAAAAAGUAGCAGUUAAAAUGGCCGUUACUACAUGACUUGGAAAAUGUAUCUACGUUGUCCUGCUGUUCUGUUCAGAAAAUACAAAUCAUAUUGGUUUUGCAUGUGGUCUGGUCAGGACUAGGCACUGUACCCUUAAGUUGUCUAUAAAUCCAUCAUUUUUGGCCACCUGUCUCUCCAACCUUGACAAUGUAUCCCUACUAAAAUGGCAAUUUGGUGCAACACAUUUAUUGUCUGUCAACAUGUUUCACUGGAUUGGACCAGAACCAAAAAUCCUGCAACACUGUCACAUGAGAUUUCAUAUACUGUACCAACCUGAAUAAAUGUGUGUUCUGUAUAUGCCCAUAAACUGCUGCAGUCUCUGCAAUAGUGUUGGCUUAAGUGGGAUGGCUGAUUUAAAAGUGUUCAGAGGGUCAGGCUCUGAAGAUGCUGUCUUUUAACUCCCGCUUUUUGGGGGAUGGGGGUGAAAUGAAAUUUAUGGAAUAAUUGUACAAUGUUUAUAUGCGGUACAGCUGUUUACUUAAGUUGCUUAAAUAAAACCCUGUUUUCUUUAA